AGAGUGGAGUGAGGCCUGCGCUCAGGAAGCUAGAGCCAUGUCGAUCGAAAUCGAGUCCUCGGAUGUGAUCCGUCUUAUCAUGCAGUACCUAAAGGAGAACAGUUUACACCGGGCCUUAGCCACCUUACAGGAAGAGACUACUGUGUCUCUGAAUACCGUGGACAGCAUUGAGAGUUUUGUGGCUGACAUAAAUAGCGGCCAUUGGGAUACUGUUUUACAGGCUAUACAGUCUCUGAAAUUGCCAGACAAAACCCUCAUUGACCUCUAUGAACAGGUUGUUUUAGAAUUGAUAGAGCUCCGUGAAUUGGGUGCUGCUAGAUCUCUUCUGAGACAGACCGACCCAAUGAUCAUGUUGAAACAGACACAGCCAGAGCGGUAUAUUCAUCUGGAAAACCUCUUGGCCAGGUCUUAUUUUGAUCCUCGAGAGGCAUACCCUGAUGGAAGUAGCAAAGAGAAAAGAAGAGCGGCAAUUGCCCAGGCCUUAGCUGGGGAAGUCAGCGUGGUACCUCCAUCUCGUCUCAUGGCGUUGCUGGGUCAGGCACUGAAGUGGCAGCAACACCAGGGAUUGCUCCCUCCUGGCAUGACCAUAGAUUUGUUCCGAGGCAAAGCAGCUGUCAAAGAUGUGGAAGAAGAAAAGUUUCCUACACAGCUGAGCAGGCAUAUUAAGUUUGGUCAGAAAUCACAUGUGGAGUGUGCUCGAUUUUCUCCAGAUGGUCAGUAUCUGGUCACUGGGUCUGUUGAUGGAUUUAUUGAAGUAUGGAACUUUACAACUGGAAAAAUCAGGAAGGAUCUUAAGUACCAGGCCCAGGAUAACUUUAUGAUGAUGGAUGAUGCUGUCCUCUGCAUGUGCUUCAGCAGAGAUACAGAAAUGUUAGCAACUGGUGCCCAAGAUGGAAAAAUCAAGGUAUGGAAGAUUCAGAGUGGACAGUGUUUAAGGAGAUUUGAAAGGGCACACAGUAAAGGUGUCACAUGUCUAAGCUUUUCUAAGGAUAGCAGUCAGAUCCUCAGUGCUUCUUUUGACCAGACAAUUAGAAUUCAUGGUUUAAAAUCUGGAAAAACCCUGAAGGAGUUUCGUGGCCAUUCCUCCUUUGUUAACGAAGCAACGUUUACACAGGAUGGGCACUAUAUUAUUAGUGCAUCUUCUGAUGGCACUGUAAAGAUCUGGAACAUGAAAACCACAGAAUGUUCCAAUACCUUUAAAUCCUUGGGCAGCACUGCAGGGACCGACAUCACUGUUAACAGCGUGAUCCUUCUUCCUAAAAACCCAGAACACUUUGUGGUUUGCAACAGAUCUAACACAGUGGUCAUCAUGAACAUGCAGGGACAGAUUGUCAGAAGCUUCAGCUCUGGUAAGAGAGAAGGAGGUGACUUUGUUUGCUGUGCCCUCUCUCCCCGUGGUGAAUGGAUCUACUGUGUAGGGGAGGACUUUGUGCUCUACUGUUUCAGCACAGUCACUGGCAAACUGGAGAGAACUUUGACAGUUCAUGAGAAGGAUGUGAUUGGGAUCGCACAUCACCCUCAUCAGAACCUGAUUGCUACAUACAGUGAAGAUGGACUCCUAAAGCUCUGGAAACCCUAAAUCAGAUAUUCUUUUCUUUUUAAAUUAGCUUGAAAGCAUGUACUUAAUGAAGACAUAGUCAUGUGUUGCCUUUUUUUUUUUUUUUUUUUUUUUAAGGCCAGCUUUUCUAAGCAGAUUGGAUUGAGAAUAAGAAUUUUGCAAAAAUUCAUGUUUAAGUUGCAGUUAUCCUUUUUAAAGUAUAUUUUUAGGGUAUUCGCCUGUUUCUAACUGGGGCAGUCACUUAAUAUUUUCAGGAAUCUUUUAUCUAGAGCGUGAAAUACUGAUAUUUCUAGGAAAACACUCUCAUCCUUUGAUUAUUUGAAAUGCUGAUUAAAACCAGCCUCCUGUAGUAAAACUUGUAAAUAAGGAAUUAAGGAACUGUCGCCAAUUAAGUAGCUGUUUACUGUUCCAUCUUUUUUUUUUUUUUUUUAAGAUGUUAAUAAACUUUACACCUUUC